AUGGCUCCAGGGCUCCAUUCUCAUCUGCCAGUAAUGGCCACACUGGUUCUGCUGCUUUCCCUGCUGGGUUUGGCUGCUGGUGGGAAGCUGCUGGUGGUGCCAGGGGAUGGGAGCCAUUGGCUCAGCAUGAGAGAAGUGCUGGAGAUCCUCAGGCAGAAGGGACAUGAAAUAGUUGUUGUUGCACCUGAAGUCAGUUUGCACAUGAAACCUUCAAAGAAUUUUGUGAUGAAAAUGUACUCAGUCCCUUACACACAGGAAGAGAUGGAGGAAGUUUUCCAAGGAUUUUUUCAUAUGUCAUUUGAAGAAGGAUCUUUUCUGGAAAGAUUUAUUAAAGUAUAUGAAGGUAUGAAAAGAAUCACGGACCUGGGUGUCAUUGGCUGUGGUCAUCUCCUGCAGAACAAAGAGCUCAUGGGGUAUCUUGAAGAGACCAAGUUUGAUGCCAUCCUUACAGAUCCUGUAGUGCCUUGUGGGUUGAUACUAGCAGAGCAUCUUUCACUUCCCUCUGUGUUUUUCUUACGAGGAAUCCCAUGUGGUUUAGAUUUUGAAGCCACUCAGUGCCCCAAUCCUCCUUCUUAUGUCCCCAGGACAUUCACACAGCUUACCGACCACAUGACCUUUCUCCAGCGGGUAAAAAACCUCCUCCAUGACAUCCCAAGUUUUUUUCUCUGUGAUUUUGCCUUCCAACCGUAUGAGAAACUGGCUUCUGAGUUCCUCCAUCAGGACGUGACUGUGCUGGAUCUCUUACGCAAGGGGUCUAUUUGGCUCCUGUGGGUAGAGUUCGUGUGACCUUUGAUGCCCAACAUCAUUCCAAUUGGAGGAGUAAACUGUGCUCACAAGAAGUUGCCUCAGGUGGGUCAUGCUGUGUGUAUAAUCUAUGGUGUGAUUGAGCUGGGUGUUCUCCAGUGUGGAAUUGUGUUGCAGAAAGGAAUCAGGUUCCCAUUUAGAGUGAGUUAG